AUGUCGAACCCCAAAGGAAAGAAGAAUGCACAGAAAAACGAAAAACUGAAUUUCUUCACCCAAAAAAACGCAAGUAACUCUGAAGCUGAACGCGGCCCAUAUCAAGAUGGAGCUGACGAACAAACAGCGGGAAACAUCCCAAACACGGGCCCAUCAUAUGAAGGCCAGGAAAACAUGACAAAAACGUACCUAGAUGAAGCGAUGAACACCAUGGCGGACAAACUUAUAAAGACAUGGCAAUCCUCCAUAGGACAACUCCGCAAGGAGAUACAAGACAUUGGUAGCAGAACCACACACGUGGAAAAUAAACUAAGUGAGUAUGUCACAGGGCACAACGACAUGGCCAACCAUGUGGCGACACUGGAACAAAAAAUAGAAAUAAUGGAAGCACGUAUGGCUGAAGCAGAGGAUCGCUCACGGAGGAACAACCUCAGGCUGAGAGGAGUCCCGGAGACCAUCAUGCCGAAUGAUCUGCAGGCUUAUGUUCAGGGCCUACUGCGGGCAUACGCUCCAGACAUACCCACAGAUAUGCUCUUAGUGGAUCGGGUGCAUAGGGUACCCAAACCACGCAACUUACCUGAUUCCAUUCUUCGAGACGUCCUCUUGAGGGCACAUUAUUUUCAUAUAAAAGAAGCAGUGCUGCGAGCUAGCAGAAACCGCACAGAACUGCAUGAAACCUACACAACAGUCAAGAUAUUAGCAGACCUAUCCACGGCGACCCUCAAACGCAGAAGGGACUUUCACCCAGUGAAAGAGGAACUGCGUUGCGCUGGAAUUAGAUACCGUUGGGGGUACCCUACCAAGCUGCUAAUCACAAAGAACGGCGGGCUGA